CGUACCGGACAUACACAGUGCUUCCAUUGUUCCCAGCCUAAUAUGGAAUUCAGUAUGAACCCCAUGAUUUCCUGACACAGACUAGCGAGCAGCAGAGAGCUCACGGAGAGAGAAAAAACACACUCAGGGAAUUUUUUUAAACUUGGUUUCAAACUGGGAUACAAAAAAAAACUAUCGAAAGAAAAAAAAAGUUUAUCUUUGUUUCAAACUGUGAUGAGAAAAACUGCAUCGAAAGAAAAGAAAAAAGUUAAACUGGAUGCAACAUUUUCCUCAGUCAAACUGGAGGCGUUUUUGAAGUUGCUGCUGAAAGAAACAUCGUGAAUUAUCAAUAUGAAGGUUUUCUGAGUGCCAGCCCGAAAGAGCGGAAACUCCCAACACUUCUAAUAUUUGCUGUCAAAAGUUUGAACGCCGUCAAGAAAAGGGAAAACGAACUGAGUCUAAACACACACUCAAGAAAACGCCGUCUUGAGCGAAAUGUUUACCCAAAGAAAAGCCGGACAUCAGCGCUGGUGAACCGUUUAGUCCACGCUGUUCGUGCGAAAGAGCCCGAGGUCAUAAGAAUGAGUAGAGAGGAAGAUGGCAGCAGCUGCAGCAUUGGGAAUAAUGUAAGAAAGAUGUUGAAGUGCGUGGUGGUCGGAGAUGGUGCGGUGGGGAAAACCUGCUUGCUGAUGAGCUAUGCUAAUGACGCUUUCCCAGAGGAAUACUUGCCUACAGUCUUCGAUCACUACGCAGUCAACGUGACGGUUUCAGGGAAGCAACACUUGCUUGGACUCUAUGACACUGCCGGACAGGAAGACUACGAUCAAUUGCGACCACUCUCCUAUCCCAACACAGACGUGUUUCUGAUCUGCUUUUCUGUGGUCAAUCCUGCCUCCUAUCACAACGUCCAGGAGGAAUGGGUGACAGAACUCAAGGCUUGCAUGCCACACGUGCCUUACAUUCUCAUAGGAACGCAGAUUGAUCUGCGUGAUGACCCAAAGACUUUGGCUCGACUGCUUCAUAUGAAGGAGAAACCCAUGACGUACGAGCAGGGAAUUAAAUUAGCAAAAGAGAUCGGAGCCCAGUGCUAUCUGGAGUGUUCUGCUCUCACACAGAAAGGCCUUAAAACUGUGUUUGAUGAAGCCAUCCUUACUAUUUUCAGCCCAAAGAAAAAGAAAAGACGGUGUGUGCGUUGCCAUAGCUGCUGUGCCAUCGUGUGAGCUAACUGGAGAGGAACCAGUGCUGCAGCACCCACAGUCAUUCUUACAGAGAGGAGCUGAUGGUGUUUUUUUAAAAAGCUGCAAAGUCAGCCUUCUUUCUUUCUUAAUCCAUGGACUGCUCCUGUACUGUACAAAACGGGAGCUGUGUCUCUAAUCAUGUCCACUUCAGUAUUUCACAAUCACUUCAAUAGGUUAAUAGCCUAGUACACGUCUUUGCUUAGACACACUGGGCCUGUGAUUUUUAAGAAGUCUACUACUACCUGGAAGACAUGGACAAGGGCUGUGAAGAGGAAAUUCCAGAUGUUUCCUAGAAGAUACACAGCACUGCGAUACAGACAGAGAAACGUUUGGUUCAUCAUUACGGCCUUAUUAUCUGUGUCUAUGACUGUAAGCAGGCAUAAUAAUACCCAUUUCUGCAUCAGAUACAGAUAUUAUUAUUAUUAUACAAAAUGACCACUGUGCUUUUAAAAUGCUGUGGUUACAAACACAUUUGACUACAGCACUGGAGUUUUUUUGUAUCCUCUUUCCAGAAAAUGUAUUUUUCAGACUAAUGUAUGGCUUUAAAUAAUUCUUCUUCUUCUUCUUCUUCUUGUUCUUCUUCUUCAUCAUAGGGUUGGCUGAUUCUGGCUGUGAACUAUAUCUGAGCAACAUAGGAGUUCCUCACAGCAUUAGAAUGUCUGUUUAUGAGCCAUGCAUACACAAAGGAAACCAUAGUUUCGUGAGGGUCAUCUUAACCUGUACCCAGGUUGACUAACGUGGUGUUCAUGCAUUUGAAAUCCUGAAAGCAGGGUCUUUCAUACUCUGUGAUAUAUGACAGGUUUUUAAAUCAACUAUUUAAAAAUGAACACCCUACUCUAUGUAGGUCUUUAAUAAAUGUAAUUUGCAUGUAUCUAAUACAGUACUUUGUGUAGUCUGUUAACUAGACUUGCACACACAGCUCCUGCAUAUAAGGUUAAGUUAUACUGUGGAUCCCAAAGGAAACGUGAUUUAACUAUAUUACUGAAACACCACAGUGGCAAAUGACAGCUCAGAAUAGACUUGUUUCCACAUUCUUACUUCCUAAGAUCAAAGGCAAAAAUAAAUAGUUCCACUACAGCCCCACUUUAGUGCCUUUAAGUAAUGUGUCUCUUGAGUGCCACCAUGACAGCUAGUUGCAGCACUUGAGACUUCAUGUGAUAGCUCUUACUUGGACAAAGAUUGACACUCUUUAUUUGUGAAGAAUGUGCUGAAAUGGUUAGUUUUCCUGUUAUUUCCUGUGCAUCUGAUUUCAGUGCACCAUUUCUUGUUUAAGUGGAUUUUUGUCCUGAGUCGGUUGAGUUAGAGCUGUCAUAAGGUAUAGCGUCAUUUUUCCAUUAGUGAACAGUAGUGAGCGACACCUGAGAUCAGCCUGUGACAGAUGAACACUAAGUGACUUGUCACAGUUGGUCCUGAGAAACAAGCUUUCUUGCUUCUUUGCUCUUAGUCUGUGUGCAAAAUCAAUAUAUUUUUGUUCCAGUUUUAAGUGCCUUAUUAUAGCUUUUAACAAACAUUUGCAGAAUUGUACUUUGAGUUAAUACAUAUUUAAUUGUUGCAUUGUGUUUUCAAUUGCUAGUAUUCAAAGUUUUCAUUCAUUUUUUUUUUUUUAAUGUAUGUAUCGGAUUAGAUUAAGCAAGCAUAAUUUGUGGUAUUUUGCAUUGUAUGAAUAUUGCUAUCUUUACUGUGAGCAAAGAGAACAAUUUACACGUGACUCGCCAAUGCGAUGCAUUUAUAGAAAACGAAGUGCCGGGUUUACAUUUACAUGACUCCAUUAUAGAAGGGUCAUUAGUAGCUAUGGUUCCAUGUAUACUGUGUACUUUAAUAAGUCAUAAUGCUGGUUAUUUGUCAAGUUCCACAAUGACAAUAUAGGACUCACCAAUGCAGAUAAAUACAAACAGUAUGUUCAAUCAUUUCUCUUUAUUUUAACAAAACACAAUCUGUUUUAGGUAUUUUGAAACACAAUGAAAAAAUAUCAUACGCCACAAUAACGAAGUGGGCAAUGCCUGCUUCUUUGAUGCAAGAUGGAUUUUUUUUUUUUUUUUUUACCUUUCUCCAUCUCUUUGUCUCAUCAGCUUUAAUAUCCAUUAGAGCUCAAUCAGAAUCCAUUCUGACAACUUCCAUUUAUUGCCGACGACAAUCAGUGUAAUUGCAUUUGAAUCCAUUACAUCUUGCAGAUUAUUACUUACAAAAUGAAUGCAGUUGGAAAUGUUAAAGUACUCUACAAGUAUUGUUUUUAACUUGCGUAUUAUAUAAUGACAUCCCACGUUUGCCUUUUAGACUGCUUUACUGUACUACUGUUGUUACAUAGGAAAGGUCAGCUGAACACACUGCAGUCUGUUAUCAGUUGCCAUCAGUAUAAUGGCAGCAUACUAAUAUGUUUACAGACCAGUGUUCAUUUCAUACCCCCUCUGUUGAACCAGUAGUAACAGUUAAUUCGCCACUGCUUUUGAAGUAGCCAAAACAAAUGUUGAUGCUUUUAUAAUCAUUUACUAAUAACCUUCUUAGGAGAAAACACUAUUGUGACAAAAUACCUGCAUUUUAUAAAAAGAGGAUUAUUUUGCCGGAUUGCUUUUGCCAAUGAAACAACAGUUUGUGUCUUUUGCUGAAAGUCUGUUUGCCCCGUGUUAAGUGAGGAAGGAGCACACUAGGACAGAAUAUAAAGCAGUUUUCAUACCAAUUUGAAUGCCAAUAUAAAGUUAGCAUUGAAGGUAACCUGGUUUGAAAUCAACUUCCUGGGACAUAUCAUAUUUACCAUUUUUAAACAGGCAGCAUUUUUUAUAUCUGGACUAUUAACGAGACAGGGUUUUUCGGAAUGAAAAAAAAUAUAUAUUUUGAUGUACGAAAAAUGUAUUGUAACUCUUAAAGCAGAAGUCAUGUGAAAUACAAAAAGAAAGUUAAACACGUGGUCAGUUAAACACGUGAACUCACAUUGGGCCAAAUUCAGCAAGCAGUUGCCAUACUGUUGGGCUGGGUUUGCACCGCCUUUUCUGAAUGGAAAAACAAACUGGUAAUGUUGCAGAACAUUCAAUACAUUUCCCAGUAUGUUAAUUCAAGUAAAUGCUUAGUGAACAGGGCGUGUUCUGUACAAGUAGGCGUGUUCUGUCUGGGCAGCAGUGUGGAGUAGUGGUUAGGGCUCUGGACUCUUGACCGGAGGGUUGUGGGUUCAAUCCCAGGUGGGGGACACUGCUGCUGUACCCUUGAGCAAGGUACUUUACCUAGAUUGCUCCAGUAAAAACCCAACUGUAUAAAUGGGUAAUUGUAAGUAAAAAAAAAUAAUAAUAAUAAUGUGAUAUCUUGUAACAAUUGUAAGUCGCCCUGGAUAGGGGCGUCUGUUAAGAAAUAAAUAAUAACAAGUAAUGCCAAAGGUAAAUAAGUCAAGCUAAGCACUGUAUUGGCCAGCAUUGCAACACAUGCUUUGUAAUCCUCUGUAAUGUACAAUAUUUACUAGCUAGCCUCCAGUUGCAUAUGUGUUGCUUUCUGUGCUGCCAGUCAGUUCUGUAAUUGUUUUGAUUGGUACCAGUGUUUAGUUAUAAAAAUUGAAAUAAAAAAAAAUACAAUUCUUCCUUUUGAACAAACAAGGCACUACAGGGUUACAUGGCUGGUUAUGUAUGGUAUUUUCUACAGUGUUUUAAGUAGGAUUCAGUGAACACCAAUGCUUAAUGAGUACUUUUAGAAUAAGGCCGAGGCAAAGUGAUUUCUUUAAAUGAAAGGCAAACAGAUGUUUUGAAAAGGGUCCUGCUCUGCUUUUUCUUUUCAUUGAAAAGCAUUGCAGAGUUCUGCACAUCCCUGGUUUGUGCUUUUGCAAAACUGUCUAUGCAACUGCCCGUUAUGUUUCUAUGAAGGCUAGGCACAACACUGGUAACAGCAAUAACUUGAACAUAAAAUGCAAUGUAGACAUUAUUUAAGUAUUUUAUAUGUAGAAAAAAGAAAUAGUUAACAUGAGUAUAGCAGUUUUUAGUUUUAUUUCCUGUUUAGCCAUUUCAUAGGUUUUGAAUUGAAUUCCCACUUACUGUACAUACAUUGUGGUGAUUAUUAAACUUUAUGAUAAUUCA